AUAGCAACCAAUUUAAACAGAAGUUGGGGAAAAGAUGGCGACCCAGAAAGAGAAAGACGCAGCAGACUAUCUCAAGAAACACAAAAUUAUUGAGCUCAUGGACAACUUGACCAGUAUGCUCCUCUUUCACAGACCAGAAAAUCCCAGAGAGUUUCUUGUUGAAGAGCUAAAGAAGCUGAAGGUUUCUCAACAAACUGGUGUGAAAGGGCCAAAUCUGUUCAACAACUUUAACCUAGAUGCAGUCCUUGGGAUACUUGACCCUACAAACCAAAAACACAUCAGUUUUGCUCAGUACAGACAUGCUCUGACCAUGCUGGGCAUAAAAUAUAUCAAUGAAUGUCCUGAAGGUGUAAAUGAAGACAGAAUAUCCCAUGAGACCUUCAAAACGGAAGCGAUCCAAGGUUUGCAGAGUUGCUCGGAAACAUAUACAAAUACUGAACCUUGAUGCCCUCUACCACUUUUUUUUUUUUGUUUUUUUGUUAUGCUAUUUAGAUUAGUGUUUUGUAAAACUGUAGUAAUUACACUGAUAAACAAUUCAUUUUUGAUUUUCUGCCAUCAGGCUUUUUUAUAAAGUCAAAAUAUAAGUCCCUGCUGCAUCCUUGCUCAUCUUUCUUGUUCUGUUGGAAUACUUUACAUUUGCUACUGUAAUGCUGUAAUAAAACAAAUGUUUAUGACACUGCUCUUC